AGUAACACAACAUCAGACGGCAGUGGCAAUGCGGUCGAAACCGGCGCAAAUGUUGAACGUUUGGAUUCAACGUUCAAAAACUUUUCAUACAGUGUGUUUAUUGAAAUAAUCCCAUUCAGCAAAGUAUCCUUUAAUAACACACUUCCAUAUUACGUGAUUUAACACAUUUUCAGACUGGGGUUGGUUGGAGCACUUUUGCCCUGAGCUUUCCACCCCUGUGGAAAUGCUGUGGAGUCAAAGAAACCAGUUCAGGAACGACGUUACUGGUCGUGCAGACACUGACGACAUAAGCAGCAUUGGGACACACACGCAUGUCGGGUGUUGGUCCGGGUGUCGGUUCUGUUGUCCAAAAAGACGCUCAGAGUUAAAUGAGCUCAAAGACAAGGUCGAGCAGCUCACAGGAAUACCAUGUGAUGUGCAGAAGAUUAUGGUGGGUUACCCACCAUCUAGUCUGGACCUCCGCAAUGGAGAUGCCUCUCUGAAAGACUAUCCUAUACAAUCAGGAGACACUCUGAUUGUAGAGGAGGAGAAGAACAAGCCGAAAUCCCAGAGUAAUGCUGCUGUGUUGAAAGGCCCCGCCCCUCGGCUGGAGCGCCGCGUGGUGCCAGCGGACAACUCCUGCCUUUUCACCAGUGUGAACUACGUGGUGGAGGGGGGUGUGUAUGACCCAGCUUGCGCUGCCGAGAUGCGCACGCUAAUCGCUCAGAUUGUGGCCAGCAACCCGGCCGCGUACUCGGAGGCAGUGCUGGGCAAAACCAACGAGGAGUACUGCAACUGGAUCUGCCGCGAUGACACCUGGGGCGGCGCCAUCGAGGUGUCCAUCCUCUCCAAGUUCUAUCAGUGCGAGAUCUGCGUAGUGGACACGCAGACGGUACGUGUGGACCGUUUCGGCGAGGACGCCGGUUACCACAAGCGCGUGCUGCUCAUCUACGACGGCAUCCACUACGACCCGCUGCAGAGAGCGGCUCCCGGCUCGGACGCACCGCCUCAGACUGUCUUCUCUACGGCGGACGACGUGAUCCUGGCAGAGGCUCUGGAGUUGGCCGACGAGGCGAGGCGCAAGCGGCAGUACACGGACGUGAACCGCUUUGCCCUGCGCUGCAUGGUGUGCCAGACUGGCCUGGUGGGACAGAAGGAGGCCAGGGAGCAUGCCAAGGAGACGGGCCACACCAACUUCGGUGAGGUGUAGCGGCUCAUUCUCGCUCCCACCUGUCAUUUGGACCACCAGUACGUUGCCUCGCCUCACUGCCAUCUCAGCAUGUGUGUCGUCGUCCCCCCCACUCACUAUAUCACGGCGGUGUCCUCAGCUUGUUGCGGUUCUGCGGUUCUCUACCUCACAUGUUAUCCUAACCCCCACCACCUUUUCAGUAUUAACUACUUUGGUCAACACUGGGUCUUGACAUUUUUGAGGUUUAAGCAUUAAAUUAAAUGUCAUUUAUAUCAGCGUAGUAUUGUAACUUUUUAUUUUUUUUUACAUGUAGCAGUUGUGUGUUGCCUAAUGAGGAGCGAGACUGUAUUCAAACCAAAACUUAAAGAACUUUAAAUGCCUUGUGAAAUGAUUCCUUUUAAAAAAACUUAACACUUGCAUUGCACAUAGCAUCAUUGCAUUUGUGUGAUCCCCAUUUUUAAAGUAACACUGCACAUUUUCAGUACUGUUGAUGGCAUUACACAUGUAUACAUGUGGGGAAAUUCCCACAGUAACUAAAUUCCCUUAAUGGGGCAAUCGGGGACGUUGGGAAUAAUUUCACCAACAAUACUCACUGGCUCGAUAACAGGUUACUUGAAGGAGUCACAGAGAUCAGCGAUGAGAAAUUUGAUGGGCUGCAUUUUGGUUUUUGGAAUUGGCAGCUUCACAUUUUAAGUAUUUGAUAAGCUUUGGUUGUAGUGCUAGUUUGACUUCCAAGAGCGUGGCUUGUUUGUAGAGGACAACAAAUGGUGCUGAUUGUUGACUGGUGCAUACAUGAAAUUGCAUAGCAAUUUCUUAUAUUAAUGGAACUUUUUUUUUGUUGUUGUUUGUUUUUGUUUGUUUGUUUUUUAAACAUCUGGCCAUGCAAACACCUUUUAUGCAAAGUUCUCUCAAGUGGCUAUGAAUGUUUAUGUAAAGAUGCGUGAUCACGACAGUGGUGGUAACUUUUUUUUGUUCCUUCAGUAGAGAAUUGUCAUAUUAGACCUUUUUUAAUGUUUUGAAACACUGGGGCAAAUGUCUUUUAAUGUCUUAGCUUAGUGCAGUAACUAAUAUGCCUGGUUAAACUACACAUAAAAUGUACAGAAUGUAUAGUUCUACUGAUGAAGAAUACCAUGACAACUCAAUACAUUUGCAGUCUGGUACUGUCCAUACAA